UGCUCGAGCAGCCUGCUCUGGAAACAUGGCGGCGCCUUUGGUGCUAGUGGUGCUGGUGGCAGUUACGAUCAGGGCUUUCCUGUUUCGAUCCAGCCUCGCUGCCUUCAUCUCCGAGCGCGUGGAGGUCGUGUCUCCGCUCAACUCAUGGAAGAGAGUUGUGGAAGGAAUGGCCCUUUUGGACCUUGAUGUUUCCCCCUACUCAGGAGAUGUCUUCCAUGAAACGCCCCUUAUUAUUUAUCUCUUCCAUUUCCUCGUAGACUACUCCGAGAUAGUCUUUAUGAUAACAGAUGCACUUACUGCAGUUGCACUUUACUUGGCAGUUCAAGAAUAUAACAAAGUGAUGUUCAAACAGCAGAAACUAUACCUGGAGUUCAAAAAGUAUUCCACAGCAGCUCAGGAACUUCUCCGAGUGCCAACAGAAAUGCAUUAUAUUCCACUAAAGGUGGCACUUUUCUACUUGUUGAACCCAUACACUGUUCUAUCCUGCGUGGCCAAAUCUACCUGCGCCAUCAAUAAUGCAAUAAUCGCUUUAUUUAUCCUGGCUACAGUGAAAGGUAGUCCGCUCCUAAGUGCAGUGUUCCUGUCAUUGGCCACCUACCAAUCUCUGUACCCCGUUACCUUGUUCCCUGCAGCACUCUUAUAUCUUCUACAGAGAGAGUUUAUACCUGUGAAGAUGUCAAGUUCCAGAUUCUGGAUUUUGACCUGUCAGUAUUCCUCCCUUUAUGUGGGCAGCUUGACCAUCUUGAUUUGCCAUUCCUUCUUCUUGUUGAACUCCUGGGAUUUCAUCCACUCUGUUUACGGCUUUAUACUUUCCGUUCCUGACUUGACUCCAAACAUUGGCCUGUUCUGGUACUUCUUUGCAGAGAUGUUUGCGCACUUCAGCCUGUUCUUUGUGUGUGUCUUUCAGAUUAAUGUGUUUUUUUACACUGUGCCACUGUCCAUCAAGUUGAAAGACCACCCAGUGUUCCUGAUGUUCAUACAGAUUGCAAUUAUCUCCAUCUUCAAAUCCUACCCCACUGUGGGAGAUGUGGCUUUCUACAUGGCUCUUCUUCCCAUGUGGUCUCACCUGUCACGGUUUCUGCGUAACAUCUUUAUAGUCUCCUGCAUGCUGGUGGUGUGUUCACUUCUCUUUCCAGUCCUUUGGCACUUGUGGAUAUAUGCGGGUAGUGCCAACUCAAAUUUCUACUAUGCCAUCACGCUCUCAUUUAAUGUAGCACAGAUUCUGCUGGUGUCGGAUUAUUUUUAUGCCUUCCUACGGAGAGAGUAUCAUCUUCACCAUGGCCUGUAUCUAACCAAGAAAGAUGGAACUGAAGCCACCUUAAUCCUGAAAUAAUACCAUGAUGGGUACAAGAGGGUUUGUUUACAAAGUGGGAUGUGGUGAGAUCGGGGCAGCGCCCGCUGUGGAACAGAGUGGUUGUAUGUUCCAUCCUGUUUGUCCACAUCCUAAAGGACAAGCAAAGACUCCCUAUCAAUCUUUUUUACAGUUCAGUGGGUUUUUGACAAGGUAAAGCAGCACGGAAAAUGGCGGUUCCCUUCUACCAAACGUAUUUCAGUUCUGUGGAUGAAGCAUGGUCAGAAAGUCAACCGAAGAUGACCGGUGUCCACAGGGUUUCAAGCAACGAUUUUCUACUUGUCCAUGAAUUAGUCCUGGUGGCUGCUGCCUGUGGUAAAGGCAAAGACAUGGCAUGUUUGGAUAGAAGGCAGAAGGUUGGAUCAUAUAUGGAUGUAUACGGUGCUGUUGUCUGAGUCCUUCUCCUACGGUUUUCUUUAGAUUUUCCUCAUCACUCCGUUUAUUUUAUAUUCAUAAGUAGAGCUGUACUAUAUGUGACGUACAAUGCAAACGAUACAUGGCCAAAUCCUGCGGCCAGACAAAUGUGUGAUAUGCCUUUUACAUGUAUGGCCAAAUUUUAAAGGGACUUGGUGUUUUUGCUCUGUUCUGUGGAGAGACGUUGGUCACACACAAGUUGAAGCAGUCAGAUUUUAGGUACAUUUUCCAAUAUGGCCAUGAAAGGGGACCUAAACCUUUGCUGAAAUCCCUACGGUGCAGCAGAUCUUUGGGUUUCAUCUGCUCUGCUCAGCUUUUCCAGCAUGCGGAGUACAGAAAGUAUAUGGGAACCCGUACUCCGAAUGCUGGAAAAGUCAAGCAGAGCCAAUGAAACCCGAAGGUGCAGAGAGAUCUGAGGAACUCUGCUGCACCUUCCUGGUUUCGUCAAAGGUUAAGGUUCCCUUUAAAGAUGAUCUCCUGAUUGAUGGCCCAUCCUUAAGGGUGGGGGUCAGACUAAUGGAAUUCAAUGCUAAUCAGUAACAUGAAGAAGCCAACACAUAUUGCUAUUACUGUGACACCACUGUUCUCUGGGAAGGUGUACAUUCCCAAAUAAUAAAAUUGGCCAGGUAUUAGCAGUCAGCAGGGCAGUGGUCAGCAUUUACAACAAAAAAAAAUUCCCCUUCUUUGACAACUGAUAUCAGGCAAUUGAUUUGUUAAAGGGGUAUUCCCAUCUCAGACAAUGGGGGCAUAUUGCUAGGAUAUGUCCCCAUUGUCCGAUAAGUGCGGGUCCCACCGCUGGGACCCGCACCGAGAACGAAGCGGGGAGCGCUGU